UGAAACCCCCAUCGACAUUAUCUAAAUGGCUCGUUCGAGCCUGAAAAAGGUUGAGAACAAGAUGCCCAAGAACUCGAGCACGACGCUCCAUCACUAUUUCAAGAGCCCUGCGAGCGGUACACAACGUGUCUCCAGCACCACCCCGAAGCCGAAGGCCCUCAUCGGGAACAACAAGAACCUGAUCAUAGCCGCGCCGCAAGACAUUAUCGUCAUCGAUUCGGAGUCUGAGGUAGAAAUAGAAGUGGUCGCAGCUGAUGCUGCCAUAUCUCAGCGCAACGGAAAGCGCCUACGAAGCCCAAGCUGUACCGGUCGGGAGAACAGCAAGCGUGUUGCAGUCGCCAUCGAGAGUUCGUCCCCGACCGAGGCGUUAUUUUCAUUUGGGAAACCCACGGAAUUUGGGAAACCCACGGAAAUACUCGGUGGGAUCAGCCCUGCGUCGUCCCUCGGCAUGUCUUUCGGGCCUCCCAGUGUGCUGUUAGCAUCGACGUCCUCAUCCACCUCAACACGAACGACCGUCACGAGCUCCAGGACGAGCGCCGCAUUCCAAAUGGCUGACGAGGCGGACUGGGGCACGGGCGAUGACGAGCUUGCUCUCAUACAUCCAGACGAGGACAAGGAGGAUCAGGUGGACGACGUCGAAGAGGCUGUCUGCCCCAUAUGCGAGCGAGCGUUCAGUGACCUGCCGGAAACAGACCGGGAUCGGCAUGUGAACAACUGCUUGGACGGGAGUGGUUCUGCACCUGAGACGCCAGAGCCAGCCCCCUGAAACCUCUUUCGACGCUUCCCGUUCCUUCCAUGGCGUCUUCCUCUACCUCGCACAAGAGCAACGCCUUCUCCGUUCUUAUGAACUCGUGCACGGAGAAUGCUGUGUGGAACGAAGCGUCUACAGCCGAAGCGUCCCGCGCGACAAAGAACCAGCGGAGGAAGGCGCCGUUCUACAAGGUCCUACAGGGCAUGCCUAUCGCCGUGGACGCAUUCAGAUAUGGAUGCAUACCAGAGGUCACUGCUUAUUUUCUAACCCACGCCCACUCGGACCAUUACACGAAUCUCUCUUCAUCCUGGAAACAUGGGCCGAUCUACUGCUCCGAGGGCACAGCGAACCUUAUCAUUCACAUGCUCUCUGUCGACAAGAAAUGGGUCCAUCCACUCCCGAUGGACACACCGACACUGAUACCGGACACCAACGGAGUCCGCGUCACACUCAUUGAGGCCAAUCACUGCCCCGGAUCGUCUCUCUUCUUGUUCGAGGGGAAGCAGACGGUCAAUGCGGGCGACAGCACCUUUAAAUCCCCUUUUGUCGGAUCGCACAAAUCGUUCCGGUAUCUGCACUGUGGAGAUUUCCGUGCCUCGCCGCAGCACACAUUUCAUCCCGCUGUGAAAGGGAAACACAUUGACCAUGUCUACUUGGACACGACGUAUUUGGACCCCAAGUACACGUUUCCGCCCCAGCCACUGGUCAUAUCGGCAUGUGCCGAACUUGCAAAACGUCUCAAGAAAGGACAGCCACUGUCGAAUGCCACAGGGGUCAUCGACAAUUGGACGACGCCAAUGUCAGGGAAAGGGAAAGAGAAAGCAUCCCCGGAUCGGAUGUUGCUGGUUGUUGGGUCACGUAUUCUGUUGGCAAGGAACGAAUUGUCAAGGGCACGUCCAUCUCCAGCUUCCGCGGCCCGGGCUGACUGCCUCACAGCCGUGGCACAAGCUACCAACUCCAAGAUCUAUUGCGACUCUCGGAAAGCCGCAAUCCUCAAAUGCCAGCCUGAUCCCGAACUCCACGCGUUGCUAACAUCGAAUCCACUCGAUGCGGAUGUGCACAUUCUCCCAUUGGGGAUGAUCUCUUUCGACAAGCUUCAGCAAUAUCUGGACCGGUUCAAGGGUCAUUUCACAAAACUCGUUGGCUUUCGGCCCACCGGUUGGACAUAUUCUCCACCUGUGGGCACAACACAAUCUCCAACGCUCGCCUCUGUGAUCUCACAGACGCAGGCAAAAUCGUUUUCACACGAGAAUCUGCGGCCGGCUCGCAGUGCUCGAACACCGGGCGGCGAUGCUCUACAACUGUUUCCCGUUCCCUAUUCGGAACAUUCGUCCUUCUUCGAGCUCACCUGCUUCGCCCUCUCCGUCUCUUGGAGCCGGAUGAUCGCCACGGUCAAUGUUGGCAGCGAGUCGUCGCGGGGGAAGAUGUCUCGAUGGAUCCAGAAAUGGGAAGCGGAGCGGAAGAAAAUGAAAAAGGGCGAGAUGGUGCCGCACCGGCGGUCGGAUUAUUGGUAA